AUGUUUGGUGUCGUUCGAUCCGCCCACGGACCGGGUGCACCACCAUCACCACCAUCAGCAGUUGCACCACCACCAGCGGCAGAUCGCCCAGAUAGCGGCGGGGGACCACCACCACCUGAACCACUUGAACCACAUGAACCAUCUGAACAACCAGCUGAACAACCGUCGCGCCGGCCCAAUCGUCCGUCGGUCUGGCGGCCCGGACGGCACGUCGUCCAUCAAGCACACGGGACCGGGACGGCCGUCGGGUGGUGGUGGCGUCCGUAA